UUGAUUUGUGGUUUUCAGAGCUGCGCUGGAGGUUCAGUCGAUUCAGUAGAGGAUCGAUCACCGCCAAGAAGAAGAGAGUUACCAGAAAAGAAACCUGCAAGAAAAGCUCCACCUCCAGCUGCCAGGCCACCACAGCGUCAAUCUCAGCCACAACAUCAGCCACAACGUGCACCUCAACGUCAACAGCAGCAGCGUCAACCUCAACGUCAACAGCAGCAACAAAACCGCCAAAUCAAAAGGCCAGGACAACAGCAAGUGAACAAGAAAAAAGUUGCUCAACAGAAACCUGCCCCUGCACCACUGAAGAUACGUCCUCCAAAGGAAACAGGAAUGAAGGGAACCUACGAUCCGAAUUAUCAAACUCUUGUUGGAUUGAACAACGACGACGUCUUCAAGCGGAAGGAUGGUGGUGGCGGCUCUAAAGACGCUGGUGGAGGUGGUGGUGCAAUGAAAAUACGCCCUCCAGCGCAACACCAAAUGAAAGGAACAUACGAUCCAAAUUAUCAGACACUAGCAGGAAUGAACAACGACGAGGUCUUCAAAAGAAAAGAGGGUGGAAGCCAAGAUGGCUGGAGGAGGCGCGAAGGUAAGAACACGGUCUUGUGA